UCCCAGCUGCGCGCCCUCGCGUCUCCACCAGGGAAGCUUGGUGUAGUUUCUCCAGCCUAGAAGAUGGCAAAGGUGGCUAAGGACCUCAACCCUGGAGUUCAAAAGGAAAAUAUGCAAGUCCUGCAAAUGCAGCCAAGAGGACCACUGCUUAAAUUCAGACCUGGAAGAUGACCGGAAAAUUGGCCGUUUGCUGAUGGACUCCAAGUAUUCCACCUUGACGGCCCGAGUGAAAGGUGGGGAUGGCAUCCGGAUCUACAAGAGGAACCGAAUGAUCAUGACCAACCCUAUUGCCACUGGGAAAGACCCCACCUUUGACACCAUCACCUAUGAGUGGGCUCCCCCAGGAGUCACCCAGAAACUGGGCCUCCAGUACAUGGAACUCAUCCCGAAGGAGAGGCAGCCAGUGACAGGCACCGAGGGCGCCUAUUACCGGCGACACCAGCUCAUGCAUCAGCUGCCCAUCUAUGACCAGGACCCAUCCCGCUGCCGCGGACUUUUGGAGAAUGAGCUGAAACUGAUGGAAGAAUUUGUGAAGCAAUAUAAGAGCGAUGCCCUGGGUGUGGGAGAGGUAGCCCUCCCGGGGCAGGGCGGUUUGCCCAAGGAGGAAGGGAAGCAACAGGAUAAGCCAGAAGGUGCAGAGACUACUGCCCCGACCACCAACGGCAGCAUCGGGGAUCCCUCCAAAGAUACAGAAUAUGUCUGUGAGCUCUGUAAGGAGGUGGCCCCUGUGGACAGCCCCGUGGUUUACUCGGAUAGGGCAGGCUACAGCAAGCAGUGGCAUCCAGCCUGUUUCGUGUGUGCCAAGUGCUCCGAGCCACUGGUGGACCUCAUCUACUUCUGGAAGGAUGGGGCCCCCUGGUGUGGCCGCCAUUACUGUGAGAGUCUGCGGCCUCGGUGCUCUGGCUGUGAUGAGAUUAUAUUUUCAGAGGACUACCAGCGCGUGGAAGACCUGGCCUGGCACCGAAAACACUUUAUCUGCGAGGGCUGUGAGCAGCAGCUGAGUGGUCGGGCAUACAUUGUCACCAAGGGUCAGCUCCUCUGCCCAACUUGCAGCAAAUCCAAAUGCUCCUGAAGCUCACAGCCAGA